AUGGAUUCCCAAACUCAUCAGCAACACUCUGUUCUUGUUCCCUUAAUGUCCCAAAGCCAUCUCCUUCCCUUUACACAAAAGGUCAAAUUACUCGCAGUCAAUGGCGUUUCUGUCACUAUUUUCCUUACACCCCUCAAUGCAGCAAAGUUAAACAAUGUCAUUGAUCAAGCAAAAGCGUUAAACCUCCAAAUCCAGUUUCACUUGCUACACUUUCCUUCCAAAGAAGCAGGGUUGCAAGAAGGUCGUGAAAAUACGGACACUCUCCCUUCCCCUCAAUACCAAUACUUGUUUUUCGCCGCUUCUAAUAAGCUGAAAGAGCCAUCGAGAAAUGGCUUUCAGAGUUGGAAACACUACCCACUUGCAUGUUUCCGACUUCUGCGUACCUUGGAAAGUUCAAAGGCAGUGCAAGACUCCAUUGCCUAUGUUGUUGAAUCAAAGUUCAAGAUACCGAGAGUUGUCUUCCACGGAAUCUCAUGCUUCGCCCUCUUGUGCUCGCACAACAUUACCAAGUCCAAAGUGCAUGAAAAUGUCACCUCAAUGUCAGUCAUUCGCGGUGCCGGACUUCCCUGA